ACACCUUCUUCUCCAAUAUCAAUUCAUCCUCAAUAGACUAACAUUCUCUGAAAAAAACACAAAAAAUGAUUCACAAAACAUCAGGUCUUCUUCUUCUUCCUCUGACUCUCAUCUUUCUUGAUUUCAUCCUAAUCUCAUCAUUAGCCAACCCGACCCCAAUCACAUCCCUCAAUGUCUUAACCUACGGAGCUAAACCAGAUGGCUCAAAAGACUCAACCAAAGCCUUCUUAGCCGCGUGGGAAGCCGCAUGUGCCUCUCCGAAUCCCACAACUAUUAUUGUACCAAAAGGACGGUUCUUGGUCGGAAACCUUGUAUUCCAAGGCAACAAAUGUACGAAUGCUCCAAUAUCUUUUCGUAUAGCCGGCUCAAUUAUUGCACCGGAAGAUUUUAGAGUUAUCGCAAGCUCACUACAAUGGAUCAUGUUCGAUGGAGUCACUAACGUUUCAAUCUACGGUGGUGUACUUGACGCACAAGGCUCUAGUUUGUGGAAAUGCAAGAACAGUGGUGGCAAAAAAUGCCCUACUGGCGCUAAGACUUUGUUAUUUACUGAUUCGAAUAACAUCAGUAUCUACGGUUUAACGUCGAUCAAUAGCCAGAAGUUCCAUAUAGUUAUCGACCAGAGCAAUAACGUUAAGAUUGACGGCGUUAAAGUUUCUGCUGAUGCGGAUAGCCCUAACACCGAUGGGAUUCACAUCGAGAACUCUCACUCAGUGAAUAUCACUAACUCAAGAAUUGGAACCGGGGACGAUUGCAUCUCCAUCGGUCCAGGAUCCACUCAUGUUUCUAUACAAGGCAUUCAAUGCGGUCCAGGCCAUGGCAUCAGUAUCGGGAGUCUUGGGAGAUCAGAGGACGAGCAAGGAGUUGAGAACGUGAUCGUGAGUAACGUGGAUUUCAUGUCAACGGAUAACGGAGUUAGGAUCAAGACAUGGGGAAAAGAUAGCAAAAGUUUCGUACGAAACAUUGUUUUCCAACAUAUUAAAAUGAAGAUGGUCAAGAACCCGAUUAUCAUAAACCAACACUAUUGUCUUGACAAACCUUGCCCUAAAAAGGAAUCUGGAGUUGAAAUAUCAAAUGUGAGAUAUGAAGAUAUACAAGGGACAUCGAAUACGGAAGUGGCGGUUAUGUUGGAUUGUAGUAAGGAUAAACCAUGUACCGAUAUUGUAAUGGGUAAUGUGAAUCUCGUCUUGCAAAUGGUUAAUGGGUCGGCUCAGGCUUCUUGCAACAAUGCAAAUGGAUUAGCUAAUGAUGUCGUUGUCCCGUUCACUCCUUGUCUAAAGAGAGACUUGCUUUUGACAUGAUAUAUUGAAGGAUCACCGAAUCGAUGUCGUCCCGAUUGCUCCUUGACUAAAGAUUAGUUUAUGAAGCUAAAUCAGUGAACGACGCUUUAUUGUUUGCUAGUUGUUUUUUUUCCUUUGGUUUCUAUGUUGCUACUUAUUUUGAUCUUUAAAAAUUUUUGUACUCGAACUUAUGGUAUGAACUUUUAAAGUAAUGAUUAAAGUUUUGGCUCAGAUCAUUAUAUUUCAGUAACGUAAGGAUAAACUUUGCUAACAUAAGCAAAAUGUUAACUGCACUUUCUAAAAUUAUAAAAGGUUUCAAAUGAUAGUAGUUUUCUUUAUGAGUUUUAGCUAUGAUUUUUCUUUGGGGUUAUGUAAUAGACGAUUAGAUACUAGUCAUCGACCCAAAAAUGUAAUAGAUGAACUAACUUUUUAUAUAAAAUUUCACAUAUGAAUACAUAAAGAAAUCAAGAAACAAAAUCUUACGUAGUGAAUUGCGACUUUAACG